AUGCGUAGAAGUGAAAUUAAAGACGGUGAUGCAGAAGCGGCAUUGGCUUAUUUGUGUGGAAAGGCAGAAAUGGAUUCUUCAUUUUUUUAUAAAUUCAACAUUGAUGAAGAAAGUCGACUAGCAAAUUUGUUUUGGGCUGAUUCAACUGCUCGAAUGGAUUAUGCGUGUUUUGGAGAUGUCCUAGCAUUUGACACAACCUAUAGGACAAAUGCCUAUAAAAAGCCUCUAGUAGUGUUGGUCGGUGUUAAUCAUCACCACCAAACUGUUGUAUUUGGUUGUGCGUUAUUGAUAGAUGAAAGUGUUGGGACAUAUGAAUGGGUGUUGGAGACAUUUCUUGAGGCAAUGAUGAAUAAGAAACCCAUAUCUGUUGUAACCGAUGGGGAUAAAGCUAUGCGUAAGGCAAUUAAAAAGUAUUACCCGAUACGUGUCAUCGAUUGUGUUCAUGGCAUUUGCAACGAAAUGCAUUCACGAAUGUGCAUAUUAAGGACUUCUCAAGCAUAUUUGCAAGGUGCAUGUUCAUGCGUGGGAAUGAAGAAGAAUUUGAAAAGGUUUGGCAUGAAAUGGUUGCAAAUUUGGGACUUAAUGAGAAUCGUUGGGUGA